CUGACUCUCCAGCGGACAGACAGCGAGAUGAAGAGCAGCGCCGAUCCGUCAUCAUGUGCACCGGGCUCCGACGGACCGCCUGCCUGUUGCGCCUCACCGCAAUCUGCGUCUUUCUCUCCCACACGGCCGCCUACUUCGGGCUGACAGGCCGGGAACCCUUGAUCUUUCUGCCUGGUCCCUUCUCCAGUGAUCCCCCAUCGGGCAAAGCGCAUCUGAAACAAUGUGAACAGCUGAGCUUGACCCGUCGACAGAAGCGCUUGUGUCGCCGGGAGCCUGGGCUGGCGGAGACUUUAAGAGAGUCGGUUCGCCUCAGCCUCAUGGAGUGUCGGUACCAGUUCCGUAAUGAGCGAUGGAACUGCAGCAUGGACGGCCGUGGCAGCCUCCUAAAAAGAAGUUUCAAGGAGACUGCGUUCCUCCUGGCUGUGUCUUCCGCGGCGUUAUCGCACGCACUGGCGAAAGCCUGCAGCUCAGGGCGCAUGGAGCGCUGCACGUGCGACGACUCGCCCGGCCUGCAGCACCGCGAGGCCUGGCAGUGGGGCGUCUGUGGGGAUAAUUUGAAGUACAGCACCAAGUUCCUCAAGAAGUUCCUGGGCCAGAAGCGGGUCAGCAAGGACUUGCGGGCCCACAUCGACUCCCAUAAUAUCAAUGUGGGGAUUCGGGCGGUGAAGAGUGGCCUGAAGACCACCUGCAAGUGCCACGGCGUGUCGGGCUCCUGCGCCGUCCGCACCUGCUGGAAGCAGCUGUCCCCCUUCCACGACACGGGCCGCCUGCUCAAGUACCGCUACGACACGGCCGUGCGCGUGCUCAGCGUCACCAACGCCGCCACCGGGGAGGUGGAGCUCGCCGGCGGGCCCCGGAGGUACACGUCCACCUCCCCCGGCUCCGUCGCCGCCGGUGGGCCCAGUAGUGCGGCGGUGACGCCCCGGGCGCGGCCCACCGAGCUGGUCUACCUGGAGGAGUCGCCCAGCUUCUGCCGGCCAUCGCGUUACUCGCUGGGCACGGCGGGCCGGCCGUGCGCCAAGGACACCAGCUGCAGCAGCCUGUGCUGCGGGCGCGGCUACAACACGGCGCUGCGCCUCACCACCCUCUCCUGCCACUGCCAGGUGCGCUGGUGCUGCCACGUGGAGUGCCAGACCUGCCUCCGAGAGGAGGAGGUGUACACCUGCAAAAAACACUGAGUGGAGUGGGGGGGGAGACAGGGACUGAGAGGGACCGAAAGGGAGGGAGAGAUAGAAAGAAAGAAAGAGAGAGAGAAACGAAGGAAGGAAGGAAGGAAGGAAUUAAGACAAUGAAAUGAUGUGGACGAAUGGAAAAGACCUAAAGUAAGUGAGCAAGUAAGACCAUGGUGAAGGAGGGGUUGAGAAAGGAAGGAACGUUCUGGAAGACAGAUAGAACAAGAGAAUUCAAGGAAAGCCUGAAGAUAUGAGAGGAAAAGACAAUGGAGUGCAGCCCUCUGUAACAGUGUCCUGCCAGCAGCCUCAGACACAAUGGCUCUUGACAAACGUCUCCUGCUGGUGCUCCCCAGCCUCCUGGAGACAUUCUGCUGUCCCAUAACUCCACACAGAGGGAGAGAGAGCGAGAGAGACUCCUGGGUUGUUUUAGGUCGUCGUGGAAACAAAAACAUAGCUCGGUCAUUAUGUGUGAGCCCUGAGGCGGGGGGGUUGCGGCGGAAGGGAGCGGUGGGGGGUGGGGGGGUUGUGUUGUGGACACAGGCCACAUCUGCUUCAUCCAGGACCAGAUGAGUGAGCCUGAUUGGACAGUGACCACGGCCACAGCAAGAGUGUGAUUGGAUAGCGUGCACUCCACACUCAGCUUUGGCUGGGGACUCCAGAGGAAGAGACACCAUGUUGGACAGCCUAUGGCAGGAGAGAACUUGGAGGAAACUCCUGGGACGGGAGGCUGGUAAUCAUUGGAUGUUGUUUUUAAAACUCUGGUUGUAUUGAAAUGGGUUUGUCAGGGGUCUUUCUCUCAGACUCCUCUGUCUACCUGCCUGUCUAUCUGCCUGUCUGUCUGUCUGUCUGUCUGUCUGUGCACUUGUCUGCUUCUCUCUGCCUUUCUCCUACGGUGAGCACAAGUAGAGUCAGUGAGUUAAUCUGUUCUCAGAUCAGUGUAUCUGAAAAAGAAAGAGUCUCAAGCACUUACUUUAGUACUGUACAUGCCAUCAGCCUUUUGUGAGCAUACCUAUGUCCUAUUUGUUCUCAUAAAAGCACAUAAUUAUGCAACAUCAGAGAGGCAGAGAUUUGUCUAUCUGCUGUAUUUUAUAUACAUAUGUAUAUAUAUUUUAAAAGUGUGCAUCCUACCGCAUAUAAUUUUAUAGCCAAGGAGAUUUGUUGUAAAUAUAUGUCAAAUAGCCGUAGUAUAAAUAUCUGUUUAUGGGACAAGAUAAAACAACUCGGCAUGGCACUGCCAGAGCGAGAGGCACAAGAAAAGAGACGUUUGUUCUGCGUUGGAUAAACUUUUGUGUAACAGAGCAAUAUGGGUCCUCUUCAUCUCUUUGUGC